CUCAAAAUCAUACUUAUAACAUGCUUUUCAUGUCUAUGCAUUCUCCAUGAAGAUACUAUAAGUUAACCUAAAGUCUAUUAUAACAACAGAAAUGGCAUGGUAUGUCUGCUUUAACUUGCUCUGUACUGCUUUACUGCUUUUUAUUGCAAUUGUGGAAUCCACUCAAAAUUGUGGCAUUGACAGAUGUACAUAUGGAGCACAGUUUUGUGAUGAAUUGCCCGUUAAUAAUGGACGGUGUCAGUCGUGUAAAAUACUUUCCAGCAUAAAUUAUUGCGACUACAGAAAUAAAAGCGAGGAGUGUCUGUUAAUGGGGUGUAGAAAUGCUGAAAUUGAAAAGAUAAAGGAAGACUGUGAAGCUAUAAAAAAUAAUUUCACCAUUAUUGAAGAGCAGAAUCGAGACAAGGAUGAGAAAAUUGAGAAUUUGACCAAGAUGAUGAGAUUUAAAGACGAUCUGAUAGUUCGGAAUAAUAAAGAGAUAAGUUCACAAAAAGUAAUCAUCCGAAUUCUUCCAAUUGUUGGAUUUAUACUGGGUUGCAUUGUUGCUGUUGUUGUUGUUUUCAAGGAAAAUCUUAUUGAUGCUCGCUGGAAGCAGUGUCAAUCUUCAGCUCUAUGCUGUGGAAGUAAUAAGGGAAACAUGCUCACAGUAAUCGUUCCUGGUGAGCAAUCGCCGGAGAAGGAGGGUCUAAUAGAAAACCAAACACCUCAAGAAGACAAACUUCAAGCUUAUCAAAAGAUUUCUUCAGAGAAGAAAUGCAUUUUGGUUGAUCAAGUCGAAAAUCAGGAAUACCAUAAUACAUACAAAACAAUAGAAGAUAAUAAUCAAGCAAAAGAGAAAGAGAUCUACAGAACUGCAGUACCAGACUCUAGAUCACCAAUGGAAGCGUCAGCCCCACCACCACCAGCACAAACCAAUAACCUCCCAGAACCUAUUCAUCAAGUUAACCAACCGGCUGCUUCUGAAAUACCACAAAGUCCACAUUUACAACAGCAAAGAACAGAUCUAAACCAGACACAAGGUGUUCAUGUACCUGCAACCUCAUAUCAUGACUGUACCAUUAUCAAUGGUAAUGUGAGCACGGCAGUUCUGUCUAAAGGUCACAACGGGAAUGCCAAUAUAAACCCUCUUGAAUGCAGAAGAGAUUGUGAUGAACAAAAUGGCGGUUCAGUAACCAGAGCUAGGAUGCCUACAGAAUGCUCUGAGAAUUUGGUGCAGGCCACUUACAAUUUGCAGCCGCCACUGGACAUGGUUCGUCCAGACCACCCAAUGCAAACAACAAACUGCUGAUUUUCCGUUUGUGCGAUAUAUUCAUUAUUUCACACAUUCAUUUUAACUUUAUAAUAUGUCUUAUCACUCAAAUUUAUUACAUUUAAGACUCCACUUUAUCUAAACUCCUAUUUUAGUGAAAAAUCUUGUUUCCAAAACUGAUAUCUUGCUCUGUUCACAGACCAGUAAAUCUCUGUUCCUUCCGAAAUGCAAAAUGGAAUCCAUGAAACAUACUUUUCAUUAUUCUGCAUGUCUUUUAUGGAAGAAUCUACCUUUGGACAUAAAAAUGUGUAAAAAUGUUGAAAAUUUUAAGAUUACACUGAAAACUCAUUUAUAUUGAGCAAUGAAGAAACCAUAAUAUUCAACUGAUGACAUACUUAUUAUUUUUGGUGUAUAUUUAACUUGCAACUGCAUUCUAUCUUAUUUUGUGUGUAAUUUUAAUGUUCUUCCUAUAUUUUACGUGUAUAUGUUGUGUAGUUUAGGAGUGACUUACUAACCCAAACUUCUCACUUUAAAAUGCUAUUGCAUUUCAAAUGAUUUUGAAUUUAUCCUGAUAUUACAUGUAUAUAUGUCUUUGUAGCUUAGGAAGGACUUAUGGAAGAUUAGUUAUUGUUUUUUGCAAACUAGUUGCCUCAUUAAAAAAAGUUUUUAUUAUUAUUAUUAUUAUUAUCCGGGGUUUCUUUUAAGAGAUGAUUUAUCUGUAUAAUCAAUUAUGUAUUGUCAAAUGUGAGCGUUUUCAAGCACCAUCUUUCAGAUUAUUCUGUAAAAUCAAAACAUAUAAUGCAUUAAUGUACACAUGUAAAUUUUAGCGAUUAUCACUACAACUUAGAAAACUAUUGGGUUUCUACUGUCGCAUAGUUUAAAACGGUUUGUCUAGCUCAAAUAAUGAGUGUUGGAUUUAUAACUGUAUAGAUUCCUUUCAGUUAAUAAUUAGUUUGUUAAUUAGACAUGGCAAGGUUUAGGGCCGUUUGGAAAUGUUGAACCAUGAAAAAUUGAUGAAAUAUUUUCUAUUUUAUUUUGCUGGAACAUUUAUUGUUUAUCAUAUCAUCUUGUAAGAGAAAGUAUCUUCCACCAGAUUUUAUUCUGUGGUGUUUUUCACCACAAGAGUUCCACAAGAUAUUUGACUCGAAAAAAAGAAAUAAAAAACAUUUUUCAAAAAUAUAUAUGCUCAGACACCCUUAUCUGCCGGUGUAGUGACACAUUCCACAAGAUUUUCUCAAUACUUUUUGGUCUGUGGUAUUUUUACCACAAAAGUGCCACAAGAAUACCGGUGAUUCUGAUAGAAUGUUUUUGGUCGAAAAUCUUGUGGCAUGUAGUACCACAAAUGGAGAUAAAUGGGUCUCAGAAGAAAUUUUUGAAAAAUUUGAAUUUUUUUCUUAGUACAAUAUCUUGUGAAACUCGUCUUGUAAAAAAAUUUUUGAAAAAUUUGAAUUUUUUUCUUAGUACAAUAUCUUGUGAAAAAAUACCACAGACCAAAAUUACUUCUAAAGAUAGGUUGCCAGGCAACGAAACAUACGCCCACAGCAGCUAUAUCGUCCGGGCAGUCAACAAGAGUUGUCGCAUAUUUUUACUUUUUUUGGUAAUGAAACAUUUAUAAUACAUUAAAAUCUGAUUAAGAGUAACAACUCAUUAAGUAAUUAUCAGAAAACCAUUAGAAUUUGUUUGGUUUUUAUAAAGUUCUGACCCAUGCUAACGUUUAGUAUACAAAACUUUUAACAUCAUGGAUUUAGCUGUUCAAGUCGUAAAGAUUCAUUGAAAAUCAAUAUACUUGUUCGUCUCAAGACCUUAAACUCUGUGUAUCAAUCUGAAGUCAAUCGGAUGAUAACUUUAGCCUCUAGAGCGUCACAAGAUUUUUCUAAGUGAUCAAGGGCCAUAACUCUGACAGUAAUUAUCCGAAAUCGUUGAAAAUCAAUAUGAUUCUUCAUCUCAUUGCCUCAAACACUGUGUAUAAAUUUAAAGUCAAUCGGAUAUUAACUUUGACCUCUAGAGCGUCAACAAGAUUUUUUGAAGUGAUCAAGGGCCAUAACUCAGGCAGUAAUUAUUGAAAAUCGUUGAAAAUCAAUAGGUUUAUUAUAAAUUUAAAGUCAAUCGGAUAUUAACUUUGACCUCUAGAGCGUCCACAAGAUUUUUGAAGUGAUCAAGGGCCAUAACUCUGGCAGUAAUUAUCGGAAAUCGCUGAAAAUCAAUAGGCUUCUUCGUCUCAUGACCUUAAACACUGUGUAUAAAUAUAAAGUCAAUCGGAUAUUAACUUUAGCCUCUAGAGCGUCCACAAUGACCAACGGACGGACGGACUGACGGGGGCGACAACAAUAUACGACCACAUUUCAAUGUGGUCGUAUAAAAAUUACAUUCCACAGACUCUUAAAUUUCAAUGAGAUUUAUUUAGUCGAAUAUCUGUCCAAUACCUUGUGCAACUUUUAUGGUGAAAAAUUCCACACAAAAUCCCCCAAACCUUGCCAUACAUAUAAAUAGAAACUCCUGCAAAAUAAGCACAACUACACGAUACAGUAGUUGUAUAGUGUAUUUUUGUUAAUUGUAUGAGACUAUUGUUAAAGUUGAUAUUGAGAAAACUGUAUACUGUUAAAAUUUGUGACCAAUUGUGACCAUUAUCCAAAGCAUCAAAGUAUUUUGUGUUACAGGUCAUAGCAUAUAACUGGUUGUUACUGGUAAAAAUGACUGGGGUAAUGAAGACGGGUCACUGGUUGAACAGAUUGUGAUAGAUACAAUUUUCUUUUUUAUCAAAAAUGCAUUUUUUAUCCCCAUAAAACAUUUUUUGCCCAAAAAACAACUUCUUGCAAACACAGAUUAUCGCCUCUUCCAUAUGUGCUAGGUAUUAGUAUUCUACGCAUCCUGGAAGACAGGAACAGUGCCCGCUGAUCUAGUCUAGUUGUGGGUGUGGCAUUUUGAGCGUGUCUGUUAGGGGUAACCCAUCGCACAAACUGACUGGCAGUGGUCAUUCAUGAUUCCUGUGGUGGUACUGAACAACUCCAAAGCUUUUUUAGGUGGUACAGAUUCCAGCUUAUCUAGCCAAGCUGUGGUCUGGAAAUUAGAUAACUCUUGUCAGGGAUACUCCACCACUACAAAUGUCUGGAAAUUACAUAGCUCUGUCGGGGGUACCCCACCACUAGAAAUAUCUGUCAAAGUGUUUUUGUAAUACUUGAAGAUGUAAUACCAGUACCGGUACUUUAAAGAUAUAGUCUCACAAAAGUAUUUAUCGGGUGGUUAAUUCCAAUAAAAGUGUGGCAAUUUUGGUAUGGAAAGUAGAAACACCCAAUCUUACUAGAAAAAUACUGGAUUCCAUAAAAAAAAAACACCCAUGGAGCACAUACAAGACAAAAAUGAUGAUUAGGGAUGUCUGCUCUAGUGACAUCACAGGUUGCACGCUUGAUGUUAUAUAUGUUGAUAAACUUGAUGGUGAGCGGACUUGGAAACAUGACUUAUUUUUUAUAGCUUGGGGUAUUUCCUUGUGAAUACAAUGUUUUUAGAAGGAUUUUGAAGCCAAAUUUUGAUAGAUUAAUUAUUUCGAAUGUUUUUCGUCUAAAUAAAUCAUCAAAUCACCUGGUUUGUACGCAGGAAGGUAUUUUUAAUAAACAGUGACAUUUUUUCGGGAAUUAUCACUUACUCACUCCUAGGGACUAACUGAUGGUUCAAUUUAUUUCAAUAAUUCAAUGGUACCGGUACAUGUAUAGGGGUCUUUAGAAGUGGAAGGCUAGCGGAGGACCCGGUAAAAACCAACGAAGUUGGACAGACGACCCCUAAUGGCAGAAAGAAAUGAAAACUAUGCUACGGACAAUAUUGGGCGAACGUAUGAAGCUGAAAUAAGAAUGUCACAAACUCUUUAAGUGUGACUUGUAACAAAUAGUACUUUGAUGUGGCAUUUUCUUUUUCUCGAAAAAAUCGUAAGGAAGGCAACCAUUUUUAAUGCAAACAAAAUGAUGUCUGUUCAUUUUAUAGGAAAAAGUUAAACUAAUUUAAGUGCUUGAUAGCAAUAUUACCCUUCGACCAGACAUCGUAAAAGGACAGAGAAUAUCGAUUUUAAAAAUAGGAUGGCAAAUAAAGAAAACGGAUGGCGAUUUGUGUCUUGUCAAAUCACCUCUGCCUAAAUGAAUUAAUGUAUAUUUAUCAAAUAAAAAAUGAAAUAAAGUAAAAUAGAAAACUUUGAUCAGGUGAAAGAAAAUAUUUAAAAAAAAUGAUAGGGAAUAAAUAUAAAUGUACACAUUGUGAACUUCAUUUCCCUGAUGAAGGUCUGUGAGUAAAGACCAGAAUGUUGGAAAUCAAGGGUUUACUUAAUUACUAAAUCUAUGUAUAUUUUAAACAAAUAAUGAAUACAGAAAGCAGGAGACUAUUAAAAUGGGUCUGUUCGUCUGUCUGUCCAUUUAUCCUUUUGUUCAUCACACUUAAUGGGACACAAUAACUCUACUUCUAACUGAGCUAGAAUGUUCAAACUUGGUGUAGGUGUUUAUUAGGUGAAUGCCUUGAUGGAGUUCGAAGAUGAAGCCAUUUGAUUGGUUGAUGCUUUGGGACAUGAUAACUUUGGUUCUAAUUGAGUGAGAAUGGUGAAUCUUUGUGAACAGUUUCAUUAGAUCCCUUAACUAAGUUUGAUGCUGAGCAUUUUCUGCUAGGCUAAGUAGACACUUCAGUCUGUGUGUUCGAGACUUUGGAACAUAAUAACUCUCCUUCUAAUUGAGGUAGAAUGUUCAAACUUGGUGUAGGUGUUUAUUAGGUGAAUGCCUUGACAGUGUUUAAUGAUGUGCAUUUUCCAUUAAUUUUGAUUGGUUGAUACUUUGGAACAUGAUAACUUUGGUUCUAAUUGGAUGAGAGUGAUGAAACUCAAGAAGUAUAAAUUCAUUAUACCAUCGCCUUGACUUAAGGGGGGUUGGGAUGGCCCAGUGGUCUAGAGUGUCACGCUUCGACCUCUAGCUGGCAGGUUUUCUCUGGCUUGCGGUUGUGGUUUUGAUCCCUGGUCUGAGCGUAUAUGGCUUGGAGAUAGGAACGCCUUCUCAACCUUGUGGGUUUACUCUGGGUACUCCGGUUUCCUCCCACAGAAAAGACCUCUGCACGUGAGCUAAGAUAAUAACAAUGAAAAUAAGACAACUUGUCUGCGAUAUCACCUUCGGUGGAAGCGGCUGUUAAACAAUAAGAACAACAACCAUGACUUAGUUAGAUGAUGGGGGGUUGCAUGGCCGGAUGGUUAGCGCGAGCGCGUUGUAUCAUAAGGUCUUGUCAUUGAGUCAACCGGUGUGGUUUCAAUUCCCCGGUUGUAUGUGACAAGGAGUAGGGUCGCCCACAUCCUUCGGUUUCUUCCCACUGCUAAAGACCCCUACACCUAGUUUGUGUCAAGUGGACGUUAAACCCCAUUUUUCUCUCUCUCUUUCUCUCUCUCUCUAGUUUGAUGAUGAGAAUUUUCUACUUAAGAUAAGUAGCGAUAAGCAAUUUGAUUGGUCAAAACUUUGGAACAUAACAACUCAGAUUUUAAUUGAAUUCAUUGAUUAAACAUUUUCUGCUAAAGCUAAGCAGAACUAAGCAAUUUCAUUGGUUAUUGCUUUUGGGCAAGAUAUCUUUGUUCUGUGUUUCUGAUGGAGAAUGUCAAACUUUGACUGAGUUCGAUCGUGAAGACUUUCUGCUUAGACUGCUCAAUAUUUUUCAAAAAGAUAAUUGAUAAAUGUGAAAUUAAUUUGUAUGUAUCAUCUAUUUAUUUUGGGAUAUCAGCAAGGGACAUAAGCCUCACUGUUGGCUUGUUAUUUUUUUUUUUUUUUUAAAAUAAAAUCACAAAAAAAAAAAAAAUGUGAAAUUAAUUUGUAUGUAUCAUCUAUUUAUUUUGGGAUAUCAGCAGGGGACAUAAGCCUCACUGUUGGCUUGUUAUUUUUUUUUUUUUUUAAAAUAAAAUCACAAAAAAAUAAAAAAUAAACAAUUACAUUUUUCAAUGAAAAAUGUAAUCUUCUUUCGUAUUUUCAAAUGAAAAUAAUGACUGGUCUAUGGACCAUGGUAUUAAGAAUGGCUGGUCCAUGAAGGUUAACUUUAUUAAGAUGUAUUUUUCUAUAAGAAUGGCUGGUCCAUGGUAUUAAUUAACGUACUAUGUACGUCGUAUGUAUUGGUUAAUAAAGAUCUCUGAAUUCUAUAUCUAUUUGUUGAGAGGUAAUAAAUUGCUGUGUGUUAAUAAAAUGCCCUUUUUCUUGUUAUUAAUCUAAUUUCAAUAUUACAUACCAGUACAUCAGAAUUCACACUGUACAAAAUUAAUACUAUGGUAAUUAAAUUUUGAAAUCAAGUUAUUAUAUUUUGAAAUAUAGUAGUUACUACAUUUUGAAUGAGUUAAGUAAUUACAUUUUGAAAUAUAUGGUGAUAUUUUGAAAUAUAAUAUGGUGAUAUUUUGAAAUAUAAUAUUGUAUAUAUUGA